AACCUAUAAAUAUGUUUAAUUAAAAUAUCUAAUUAAAUUAAUAAAAUCAAAAAUAGAAGAAUGUAAAAACUAAUAAAUUAGAAAGUUUUUUUUAAAAAAGGCAAAUAAAAAUGGGACAGAAAAAUAUUUGUGAUUGUCAGCAAAUUGUUCAAUAUCAGAGAAUUUCAGGAAGACUUCAACGAAUAGAAGGAAUUUCAAUUAAAAGAAAAAUUAAAAAAUAUAAUUUAUUAAAAUUUUGUCACCUAUAUUUUAUUCUUAGUUUGAUUAUAAUUCCUCCUUGUAUAUUCUUUGCUUAUUCUAUUUUUCCCUAUCCACUUCCUGCCUCUUGUACCGUAAAAUGGAUAUUUAAAGAACCUUGUAUUCAUGUGAUUCAACGAUUAAGAUGGCAGAUACUGAAAAAAUCAUCUCACGAUUGUGGUACAAAUGGACGAAGAUGUUCAUAUUCUUUGAAAAAAUCCGAUGACAAUGUAAUAAUAGCAAAUAGAAUUUCACCUAUUUAUACAAUUAAUAUAAUUAAAAUAUUAUUUGAAGAAGGAACCGAUAAAAGUUGUACAGCCAUCGGAAAAUCUGAAUCAAAUGAAUUUUUACUGUUUGAUCACGGUGAUAAUUAUUGUAAUCUUCGAACUUUAAUCAAGGAAGCAAAUUUUGUCAGAGAUCGUGAAUUUAAAGAAAUAACAACUAAUUCAAUUUGUACUCAAGUUAAUAUGGUUGUUUGUCAAUUAUUAUAAUUAAUAAUUAGAUAAAUAAAAUUAAUUUCAAACUAGAAA